AUGACGACAACAAAAGUCAAAACCUCCUCUCUUGAGACUCUAUCAAAACAGCAGCAGCAGCAGCAGCAGCAACAGAAGAGAAAAGAAAAAGAACAACGACGAAAACACUACAAUGAUCAACAAGUUCAAGGAACCAACAAUUCAUCAAUUGUAUCCAAACGUAGUGUUGAAAAAUUGUACUUCGCGCAGUUGCAUCCAGAAUUGGGGACAUGGUUUAGUGAAUUCGUCCCAUCACUGAGACGAGAUCGAAGGUCGCCAGCUAUUAAUCGAGGGUAUUGGAUACGUAUGGAGAGUGUACGACAGACAUUGUAUAAAAUUAUUGGCAGUAGUCAAUGGGGUGAACAAGAUGUGGAAGCGCACGUGGAGAGAGGCGAGAGUGGUGAAAAAAAGAAAGUUGUAAAUGUGGUUAACUUGGGAUGUGGGUUUGACCCAUUACCUUUCCAAGUAUUGAGUAUUAGGAAUAAAGGAUUCAAUUGGGGUGGUAAUGAUGAAAUUGAUGUUAAUUUCUUUGAUAUCGAUUAUCCAGACUUGGUACAAGAGAAAUAUGCCAUGAUUCAGAAAUCACAAAAAAUCAAGCAACUAAUUGGCGAGGAAUUGCCCACUGAUGAUGCAAUGUGUAAAUUGAACACUGUCAAUUACAAAUUAAUUGGAUGUGAUUUGAAAAACUUAACCCAGUAUCAACACAUUGUUGAUCACUUCUUCACCCAAAAGAAUGCACCAUCAUCAUUGUCCAAGUCAUCUAAUGAAAUGAAUGUUUUCAUUGCUGAAGUUUCAUUAGCAUACAUGAAACCACAAUGUGCUAACCCAGUAAUUGAAAUAUCUUCAAACACUGCCAACUCAAAUUUCAUCAUAUUGGAACAAAUCAUGCCCGAUGGUGCCCAAAACGCAUUUGCAACAAAGAUGUUGUACCAUUUCGCACAUUUACGAAACCCCAUCCAGUGUGUUGAGCAAUACCCUACAAAACUGCUACAAUUGAGUCGGUUUGAACAGUAUUACAAAUUUGCAGAAGUGAGAAACCUUUUUGAAAACUGGCAAUUGUUGAUUGAAGAAGAGGAGCAGGAGGUAAAGAGUAAGAUGAUGCAAGUGGAGGAGUUUGAUGAAUGGGAAGAGUUUAUUUUGUUUUGUCAACAUUAUAUUGUUCUUCAUGCAACUAAUGAUGAAUUACAGUUGGUUUAUGAUGAGAAAUUGAAUCUUGACUUUCAGGUUGAUGAUGAUGUUGAUGCACAAAAGGAAGCUGUUGUAUUGCAAGUUGACGAGGAGGUAAAGUUGAGCAUUGAUGAUCGAUUUGAUAAUGAUGAUGUUGAUUUAUUACAAGUUAAAUUCCCCGCAUGUAGUAAAUUGAAUGAGAAUAUUUACGUGCAUGGUGGAUUGAAACAAACAAGAACCAAUGAGACAAUUAUUGUGGACUAUGAAUUCGGCAAAGUUGGCAAGUUAUUGCAACAUGAGUCAACGCACAUCCCACAACCUCGUAUGUGUCAUCAAUUAACCAAUGUUGGUGCGAACUUGUUACUUACUGGAGGUAGAACCAGACCAGGUGAUGUUAAAGAUGACAUCUAUACAUUUGAUGGCCACAAUUGGUUUAGGGUUGGUCAAUUGGAUGCACCAAGAGCUAGGCAUUCAGCAGUGGCUAUAAAUGACGAUACUUUGCUCAUUUUCGGUGGAUUACCAGAAACUUUGAGUCGCGACCCAUUUAUUCUACUAAAUGCAAAAACCAACAAAAUCCAAACUCUUGAAAUACGAGGCGAGUAUAUUGACAACAUGUACAGUGCAACAUUAGUCUUCAAUCAAGAAAAGAGAGAAGGAUACAUUUAUGGAGGAUUCAACGAGAGUCAUUUACCUCGAGUCAAUGACCGAUUAUAUAAAUUCACAAUCAACCAUGACUCAAACCAAAUUACACUUGAUGUGAUUUUGCAACAUCCAAUGUUUGCUCGAAUUGGCAGUCAAGGACAAUUGAUUGACAAUAAUCACGAGGAAAAGCUCUUGAUUGUUGGUGGCGUUUGUUCAGAAACAAUCUUGACUAACAAGACAAGUAUCCUUACUUUGCAAUUGGAUAAAUUGACGUUCAAAAGUGUUGAGAUUCCGUCUAGUGUGAGCAUAAAACAUCCACCAAUUUUCAUUGGAUUUGGUUUAGUUUCUUUAAACUCACAUUCAAGUUUGAUUGUUGGUGGUGGUGCUGUUUGUUAUUCAUUUGGUAGUUGUUACAAUUGUAUAUAUAAAUUAGAGUAUUAG